AUGACUCCUACAGGAAAACUCGCCCUGCUGCUGGUGGUGCUGGUGGUGUUCACAAAAGAUUGCUUUUCCUCAAAAGGGGAAGAUCGUUUAUUCCGCCGCCUGUUUCGGCGGUACAAUCAGUUCAUCCGACCAGUGGAAAAUGUGUCAGAUCCUGUCACUGUGCAGUUCGAGGUGUCCAUCUCCCAGCUCGUCAAAGUGGAUGAGGUGAACCAGAUUAUGGAGACGAAUUUGUGGUUGAGACAUAUAUGGAACGAUUAUAAGUUAAAAUGGGCACCAAUAGAAUUUGAUGGAAUUGAGUUCAUCCGAGUACCAUCGAACAAGAUCUGGAGGCCUGACAUUGUGCUGUACAACAAUGCAGUUGGAGAUUUCUUGGUGGAGGAUAAGACCAAAGCCCUUCUGAAGUAUGAUGGAACGAUCACCUGGGUGCCCCCGGCUAUCUUUAAAUCUUCCUGCCCCAUGGAUAUCACCUACUUUCCCUUUGACUACCAGAACUGCUCCAUGAAGUUUGGCUCCUGGACCUAUGACAAAGCCAAGAUUGACCUGGUGCUCAUCAACUCCAAAGUCAACCUCAAAGACUUCUGGGAGAGUGGCGAGUGGGAGAUCAUCGAUGCGCCCGGCUACAAGCACGACAUCAAGUACAACUGCUGUGAAGAGAUCUACCCGGACAUCACCUACUCCUUCUACAUCCGACGGUUGCCGCUCUUCUACACCAUCAACCUCAUCAUCCCCUGCCUGCUCAUCUCUUUCCUCACUGUGCUCGUCUUCUACCUGCCCUCCGACUGUGGAGAGAAGGUGACUCUGUGUAUCUCAGUGCUGCUGUCCCUCACCGUGUUCCUGCUGGUCAUCACUGAAACUAUCCCAUCCACUUCUCUGGUCAUCCCGCUGAUUGGAGAGUAUCUACUCUUCACCAUGAUCUUCGUAACACUCUCCAUCGUCAUCACUGUGUUUGUGCUGAACGUGCACUACCGCACGCCUACCACACACACCAUGCCGGCCUGGGUGCGCAGUGUCUUCCUGCAGGUGCUGCCCCGGAUCAUGCUCAUGAGGCGCCCCAUCGACCAGGAUGGGAAAAGGUUAGCAAUGGACCGGGAGCCGGACAGUGGCGGAGGUGCAGCGGAGAAGGGGAAAAAGGGGAAGGCCGUAGCGGCAGGACAGGGUUCCAUGAACUGCCUCGACUUUGGAGAAAAUAAAAUGGGCGCCGAUGGCCAGAAAUGCCAGCGCCACCCAGGGAAAGACGCACCUGGGACUGAUGGCGGGAAGGUGAGCAGACAGACGGGCUCCACAGCGGUCAACGCAGUGGUCGCAUUCUCUGUCAUUUCACCUGAGAUCAAACAAGCUAUCGAGAGCGUCAAGUACAUCGCUGAGAACAUGCGGAGCAGAAACAAAGCCAAAGAGGUGGAAGAUGACUGGAAGUAUGUUGCUAUGGUGAUCGAUCGCAUCUUCCUGUGGGUGUUUGUGCUGGUGUGUGUACUUGGAACAUUGGGCCUCUUCCUACAACCUGUUAUCAGCUUCCUGUCCUAA